CUUGGGUUGUUACAAAUGGUAUCAGAAUGAACCCUACCCAUGUUCCAUGUGGACUAGGGGACACUAUAACAUAAGCUCAUUGAGACUGACAAUGGGCCGAUCGUGGUGCUUGUGAUUAGAUUUAAAUGGAUUUGGACCCUUAAUCUGACAAAGACGUCAAUGCUUAAAUGGAGGGAGUAUGUGAGAAUCCGUGCGGGCGUGUCAGGACUAAGGAACCCAAAAAAAUACCUUCUGGCUAGCCUUUUUGGGUGAGGUUUUGGGUUGUUACAAAUUUAAUGUAUCCUUGGGUCACCAUUGAUCCAAUGGUCUACACUGGAACUCCACCAUUCUCUUUCCAGAUGAUGUCUGUGGUGCUAGAUACACAUCAUAGUAGUUUACAGGGUCAUGGCCUAUCUCCUCCUGUGCCUUCUAUCCUGUCAUAUCCAUUGUAUCCUUCCCUUCAACCUCAUCCCUUGCUAAAUGAUCCUACACUUGAUGUAGCCAAUCAAUAUCUUGCCUUCCCUUCGUAUGCACCAGUUAUUGUGUCAUACCAAAAUUUGGAGAGACCGUCUGCUAGGAGGCAUUCUGUGCAGCCUUCAUCCAGGAAAAUCGUCAAGACACAGAUCAACAGGGAAGCUCUUCCACCACUAAAUAAUUAUCUUGCAAUUCUGGAACCAAAGGAAUUGAGUCUAAAUGUGAAGAUGCAGCCAUUAACACUAAAGAGGGUGAAGAUGUUCAAUCCAAUCCUUCAUGUGAGUGCAGUGGUUCAGGUUGUAACCUGAAGUGUCAAGAAAAGGUUGAGGUAAACUUUUCCAAAGGGCUCAUAUGUGAAUUAAAGAGGAUUAUGUUUUCCUUUUGCCUAUAUGCUUGUCGCUAUCAUGGUUCAGUUUUUUAACCUUGUUUGGUCAUGAAAAUUGUGAUAUUCACUUAGGCUUUAUGGCAAUAUAGUAGUAUACACACUGUCUACUGCCAGUCAUUGGUAGGUCUCAUAGUUAUGGUACAUGGUGCACAAAGCAUGAAAUGGUGAGUGAUGUUUUUUCUUCGUUUUAGUGUUUAGUUGAGAUUUAGUCAUACUUAAUUUAAAGGUUAUUUAUGCUUGACCAAUGGGUCUAAUUAGCUUUCUUAAUAAUACCCUUAUCAGUCCCAAGGGUUACUUUUCGGCUUCAAAAAUGCUCUGCAUCCUAUUCAGAGAACGAAUGCUUCUUGUUGUUAUAUUUUUCAUUCAACCUUUCCAAGAAACCGCUAAAAGAAAUCAUAGGUUAGUGCAUGAAUAAAUACCUAUCAUCAUGUAAUAUGUACUAUUUUUGCAUUUUUUUUUUUUGAUUCUUAAUAAAAAGUUACGAUGCUUCAAUUUUUUCUUUUAGCUCUAUGAGCUUUGAUAUGAUCCAUGUCUCUUUUCAAGGUUUGAUGUUGUUUAGCAAUCUGUUGUCUGGGUUUGGUGCUAAAUGGAAUACCUAAGUGUGUUGAUUACUUCAUUCAUUGGUUGCAAAGAAAACCUGUCUAACCCUCUGAAAUCAUGAAAACUACUAAAAUCCAUGGGCACCUUGCUCUGCAGUAAAGAGUGUGCAUGUGCUUUGUAGCAGCAGUGUGCUUUAUUUAACUAGGCUGCAGGUAUAUUUAUGAAUCUCUUGCAGGAAAUUGUGGCCAACAUUAGUUAAAGCUGAAAGUCUGCAUCACAAACAAGCUUUAGCACCGGCAAUUGUUGUGAGAAGGAUCAUCUAGAGAUAUCAUCUUCUUCAACACUUCCAACUGAUGAAAAUCUGAAAACAUAAUGAAUUCUUCCAAUGUAAGUUGCAUGUUUUCGAUAUGUAAAUGCAAAUGAUAGCGUAACCAUCGUUUUCUGAGUGCCUUGCCAUUAUUUAUCGGAUCGACCAAACAUUUCUUUGCUUUCUAUGGAGUACAUGUAAAGAGGUGUAUACUUUCUAUGCUGACCUUGAAUAUGGUUCAACUUAUCUUGUCUUGAA